UUAUUAAAAUUAUGAAAAACUAUUAUUUAUUAAAAAAGAAGCUAAACAAAUGUGACGUCAGUCUUUAACUUAUUUUCAACCAAUCGCGUCAUUUGUUAGAGUGUCACGUGGGUCAAGUCCACCAAUAGAAAACCAAACCAUUCUUUGUGUACCUUUUCAUAUAAUAGCAAAACAGAAUACAUAGUCUAUGGAGUGAGUGGUGUUAUAUUUGUCAAUUUCAUGACGCUAAAAACGUAAAUGUGUGAAAUUCAGGAUUAUUCUAUUGAGCAUAAGGAUAUUUAUUGGAAUAAAUAUUCGGCGUGCUUAGACAUGGAUUUAUACAUAACCGAUUCACUCCAGGACAUGCUGGACAUGGACAUCAAAAAUGAAAUAGCAACAGACUUAAGCAGCAUAACCGAUUUUUCGGAUUCGCUGGGAUUGAAUUUUUCAGAAAUGCCCCCAUUAUUAGACAUGGAUACAGAUAAUUCUGUAACGUGGCUAAACAACUCUUCUUCGAGUUUUGUACAUAAUCUCGAUUUAUACGGCUCUGAAGCGAAUGCUGUUAUGGUAAAUCCAAAUUCAGUUAUGCCAUCCACGUUCGCGGAAACACCAGUUAAGAGCGUCGUUAAAGAGGAAGCAUCAAAUCUAUUGCUAACUUCAGUUGUUAAUAAUGAUCUUAAUAAUAGUACAUCACUAUCAAGUCCCAAAGAAGAAAAAAGUCAUUUGACUUUCUCCCCGAAUGCCAUUAAAGUAUCAAAAGUACAGGAAUCGAAUGAACCCAUUUCCAAGAAACCUAUAGAGGAAGCGACGCAGAUGGUUAUCUAUUUAAGAAAACAAAACAAUGGUGUAGUAAAAGAUCUGUUAAAAGAUUUAGAUACGAGUAAAACAAAAAUCAAUAGUAUACCUACGAUAACACCCACAGUUCGAAUUAAAACGAGUCAGUCCGAAGUAUUGAAAAUGAACAAUAAGAAUUGUUCCAUUUUAACUAGUAGUCAAAAAAUAACUCAUUCAUUAGGAACUAAAACUAUUAUAUCUGGUAAUAUACACAUAUUGGACGCUCAACAAUCUAGAACAAUUUUAGCUAAUGGCAACAAAAAUCAGGCGACGAUAUUGAUUGAUAAUUCAUCAUUAAAUCAUAGUAGACAAAUAAUUAAAACUGCAGUCAGCGGUGCAUUCACCGUGGACACGAGCCAAGCUAAAUAUGUAAAUAACACUAGUAAAACAGUAGCGGGAGAAUUUCCAAAGCCGGCUUAUUCGUAUUCAUGUUUAAUUGCAAUGGCGCUAAAGAAUUCCAGAACAGGAAGUCUACCGGUUUCUGAAAUAUAUAAUUUUAUGUGUCAACAUUUUCCCUACUUCAAAACUGCACCAAAUGGAUGGAAGAAUUCUGUCCGACAUAAUCUUAGUUUAAAUAAGUGUUUCGAAAAAAUAGAAAAACCAUCAACAAAUGGAAGUCAAAGAAAAGGUUGUUUAUGGGCAAUGAAUCCUUCAAAAGUCGGUAAAAUGGACGAGGAGGUUCAAAAAUGGUCAAGGAAAGACCCACAAGCUAUCAAGAAAGCGAUGAUCUAUCCAGAGAGCUUAGAGGCAUUAGAGCGAGGUGAAAUGAAGUACAGCGGCUUCGGCAGCGACAACGAAGUCGACGACGACGGAGAUGCAGACGUAGACCCGGAGCUCGACGACUUCGAGAUCGACCCCGAGGUCAAAGAGGAGCCCGAAGACGACGAGACCGUCAUUGAACAGGAGGUGUCGGACCAGGAGCUGGAGGUGGAAGAGGUUGUGGAAGGCACGGGGAUGGUGGGCGGCACCUACCGGCUGCUGGCCGCCGGACCCUCACUCGCCUCAUACGUCGCCGACGUGGACUCCGCAGAGGACGUCAGCGACAUAGAGGUAUUGGACCAGUCCUACGAAGAGAUCGAUAUCGAUGUAACGAAACCUGUCAAACUAGAUCUAUCCGUUUCGGAAAAUUAUACCAUUCAUACAGCGAAAAGGGCGAAGACCAGCUUCAUAUACCAACCAGUCACAACACAAACUCACACGAGCAGACGAAAGACACCACUCGUGAACAGAGUAGCGCUAGUUUAAGAAAACUUUAAAAUAUUACCCAAACUUUUAGUUUCGACGUACUUUGAUUAAUUAAAACAAUGUGAUUACAAAAACACAGGAUAAAACGAGUGUUAUCCAUAUAUAGUUCCAAUAUUAUUUUAAAACGAAAUAAAUUUAAGUGUAAUAUUAGUAGUGUGUAUUCGUGUUUUGUCUGUGAACAUUAAUUCCUCGUGAUAGUCUGUACCAGAUAAGUGUAUUUACGUUUUACGAAGAUGGAACACUCGUUACAUAUCGUACACUGUAAAAUAUAGUUUUAGUUAAUAAGUUAAACGGAUAUGCGAUGGUGUUAACCUCAUUGUUUGUCUUUAAAAAGUCUCGAAAUCAUUGAAUAGAUUCUAUUAAUAAGCUUAUAAAUAAUAAGUGGUUUCUAGACCAUACACUCUCAGUACAAAACAUGUGUUUUGCUACUCUGGUGAUAUGUUUUGUAUAGGUAUUUAGAUGUAAUGUUUGAAAUAUACCAAAACUAUUACCAUAGUAGCAAAAAUCAUAGCGGGUAUAUUAAUAAAGCUCCCACCGCUUGUACAUAUUUAUUUUACUGUGUGCAUUUUAUAUGUUGACGCUGGCAGCUUGUUCUCUCUUACAAAUUAAUUCUGAGCCCGUAUGUUGUAUUCGUUCCAUUGAAUGUAUUCAUGCUUUAUUUUCGAAGCGUGAGUAGAUUUGAAGAUCUUAUAAAUGUAUCGAAAAGGGUUUGUCAUAUUCAAACAAGCUAAGAAAUUAGUUUUAAUAUACAAUAUCAUAAUAUUAAUUGUGUUACGGUUAAGUAUAUUUUUUGUAAUAAAUUUUGUAAGGGCUCAGAAUUUAUUUGUUCAAAUAUCUUUUUUCGAGUUUAGAAAACUGAUUUUUUUUUCAAUGUGGAUUUAAGAUAUUUACAUUAUUUCUUUGAGAUUAUGUAAAUAUUUGCUUAAGAAACAGGGACGUGCAAACGAUUUUGUGUAUACGGCAAACGAAAGCGAGAAUUAGAUUAAAUACAAUUUUAAAUAGAUUUAGUAACAAAUUAGUUAUUUGGACAUUAAAUGAAACAAAUUAACCAAUAAAUUGUAAUCUUUUUUAACUCUUGACAAUUCGAUUCAAUUUAACUUUAACAUAUGUAUGUGUAUAUAUGUAUAUACACACAUAUAAAUAGUAUAGUUAAUAAAUGAUACCGAAACUUAAACAUUACUUAUCCAUAUGUAUAGUAUGCACGUCACUGUUUAUGUUCUAGUAUGAAAAAAUAUUACAAUCUAUCUUUGUUAAUUUUGUUAUUGAAUUUAUUUAUCAGUACACAACAGUGACGACAAUUUCAUAAAUUCUAUAAUGAUAAUUUAACGAUUAAGGAAACAUUAAAUAUAGAAUGACUUUUUUUUUUUAAAUAAGUAUAAAAUUAUCAAAUAAUAUACCAAAACAAAAUGUCUUAUAAAUUAUGGUAUAUUUUUAUUUUUAAUCUUAGUAUUUCGGUAAAUAACUUUCGAUUUCCUUUAAGUGUAAUAUUAAAUUUGUCUGCGAGUGCGGCAUUUUGUUGUUCACUAUAUAAUUGCGAAUGUUAAUACUUACUUUAAGGAUUGUCAACUUCGAUGUUUAGGAUAAAAAAGAGGUAAUGUGUAGUAGAUUUGGUUGUGACUUGUUUCGUCUAAAGUAAGAUACUCGGUACGUAGAGAGCAUGAACGUUAGUAUAAGUCAAAGCACAUUGUAGAUUUAUAAAAAGUAAAGUUGCCAAUGGUUAUUUACAAUAAUGUGGUGCGAUAGAAAAUAUAAAUAGUCGAAAUGUCACUCUUUAAUGAAUCUACAUCGUGCAUUGUCUACUAGAAAUAUUUAUUAUGUAUUUUAUGCAGGCACAUGUUACGUCCUUUACUAUAAAUGCACCGUAAUUGCACUUGUAUCGAUUUCAACGAUAAAUCAAUUUGUACCUUUAUAUAUAAUAAAUUAACGAAUCCUAAGGAGUUUAUAGUUUAGAAAUCUCUUAAAAUAAAAAAUCAUUUAGAUUAGUUAAAACUGUGAUAUGAGAUUUGCUAUUUUAUCACACAAAUUACAUGAUGAAAUUAUAGUACAGGGACCAUGUAUUGUCCCUUUUCCGGGUAAGAACUUAAAUAAUGAUGCAAUACACGUGUCUUUACAUUUCAAUUAUAUUAUGAUAAACUAUGGGCCUCUAGUGUAAUUACGCAUUUAAACAAAUUUAUAAUACUACUUGUAUGGAUAGGACGUAAUCGUGUGUGCUCAUAAUUAGAUACAAUCAGUCAUCAGGUCUUGGAGUAAUAGACUAUUGUCUAUAGAAAAGUUUAUAGCGAUUGGUAUGAAUAGUAGUAAUUGGAGCCUGAUAGUGCAAGUAGUGCGGUAUUCUCGCAAGCCUGUAGUACGAGUGGUUUAUUGAAGUUGAAUGUAGAUUGAAUUUAUAUAGACUUAUAUGUAAAAAAUAAAAAUUUGUACUUUAUAUAAGUACACAAUUUCAACUUUUUACACAUCGGAAAAAAAUAAUCGAUGUUGAUUAAGAUUUGUUUGAUAUUACAGUGUGCAAUUUUGUAAAUACUUUCCUCUAUCUUAGGAUCUACUUAGAAAUCUUGCUUAUAAUUUACUAACGCUUUAAUAUGAAAUUAAGUUCUAAGAUGUCAUUUUUAAAUAAUAAUAGUGAAAUUGAUCUUUAUACAUUUUGCAAUAAACAUUUGUAACAAUUAUUGGCCAUAAUGCUCACAAUAGCCGAGUAGUUGUAAUUGAUGUGUAUCAUAAAACAAGAAAUGUAUUUUUCCACUGCCAGUAUUUCAACAUCCAUAUUAAACUUAAGAUUUUAGAAGAUAAGGGUAGAGGUAGUUUAGUUUAAUAGCAAUAGAUUAAGCCAGCUAAGUUGAAUGAUUUUUAAUAAUUUUUUGGUAAUAAAAAAGAAAUGAGUA